UGCACACAUCUCUCUCCCUCCCUCCCCCUCUAAAUAAAUCAAGAUGAUGGCAAGUAAGGGUGGGGGUGGCGGUGGCGUUCCCAACAUAAUACAACCAAUAAGCUCAGCCGAGUGUUGCAUGUGUGGUGAUUACGGCUUAUCUGAAGAGCUUUUCAGAUGCAAAAUCUGUAAAUUCCGAUCUCAACACAAAUAUUGCAGCAAUCAGUACCCUAAAGCCGAGUCAUACAAAGCCUGCAAUUGGUGCCUGACUCAGAAACAUGACUCAGGGAACUCAUCCAACUCGUCGUCGUCCUGCAGAAACAACUCCGGAGACGAUCGCCGUGAUCAUAUCGCCGUCAAGAACAAAAGAAACCCUAAUGAUAGAAUUGGCCAUGGAGGUCUAAGGGAAAGAAGAAGAGCUUCAGAGAUACAGUUGACCAACACUGCUCCGAUCAAAAAACUGCAUGGAUCAUCGGCGGAGGAGGAGUCUCCGGUAUCAACCGGCCGGAAACGGUUUGGCGGUGGUGUGGUGGAGAAGAAGAAUCAUGUUGUGUUGAGAAAGUCAAAGUCAGCAAACCACAUAUCACAUAGUCAUGGCGAUGGCGGUGGGGGCGGGGGCGGUGGGAUCAAAACAAGACAAGUAUUUAGAAAUAAGGUUAGAAGGUAUAAAUUAUUAGAUGAGGUCUCAAUCCAAUGAUAAUUAAGACAUCCUCUCUUUUGCUAUAAUGGUUUGUACUUUAUGUAUAAAAACUUGUACAUUCUCUUAAUUUAAGAUUUUCAAACCAAAUUAAUG